AUGGCUGCUGAAAGACUGCGAGCUAAAUUGCUCCAGAACGCUAAUCUCUUUCCCGAUCCCUUGGGUAACAAUGUAAUUGAAGGGCUCGUUGUCGGAACAGUUUUCAAAACCCGGGAUGAACUACAGAAGAAAAAGAUUCAUGUUCAGCGUUUUGCUGGUAUCAGCGGCACAAAGGAAUUAGGUGCACAAUCUGUGGUCCUUUCAGGGCAGUACGAGGACGAUGGGGACAAAGGGGAUGUCAUCAUAUACACUGGCACGGGUGGACAAAGGAAUUCUUAUAGGAAUCCCGGCCCCCAGAUUGAAGACCAAUCUUUUGACCACCCAAUGAACCAACAUCUAUAUAAGUCUUUCCAAAACAGACGACCAAUCCGUGUCAUACGCGGAUCUGCUGCCAAUUCUAAGUAUGCUCCUGUCGAAGGCUAUCGCUAUGAUGGAAUGUACACAAUCACUGAGGCCUACAUGGACAAAGGUCAGAGUGGUUAUGCUGUUUGCAAGUUCAAAUUGGAGCGAAACCCUGGACAAACACCUAUUCCAAUCAGACAGUGA